UUCACUAUAAAAAAUACUCUUAUUAUUUAUAAUAAUGAAUCAUGUUCCAGAGUAUCACAAUAGUUUCAACAAAAUGAAGUGAUAUAUUAGUCUGCAAUAAAUAUGCAAAAUGAACAGAAUAGUGUCAUUGGCAUUUAUUAUUAUAAUAAACCAGGGUGGUAAAGUUAAAGCUUCUCUAGGGGAUAGUUUUCCUUCUUAUAAAUCCUGUGUAGACACUUGCAGAUUAGAAUACUGCGAAAAAGAUGGGUAUUUUUUCAAACAACCGGAGAAAGGAUUUGUUUGGACUGGAUUUUUGGAUUGGCGUUGUGCUGAUGAUUGCAAGUACAGGUGCAUGUGGUCAAUUGUUGAUAACUUUGAAAGAAAAGGAUGGCCUCCUCCACAGUUUCAUGGAAAGUGGCCAUUUGUCCGAUGGAUGGGUCUCCAGGAGCCAGCGUCGGUGGUUUUUUCUCUGCUUAAUCUGGCUGCACACAUAUUCAUGUUCCGCAAGUUCCGCAGUGAAGUCAGACCUUCAAGUCCGAUGUAUAAAGUCUGGUUUCUCUAUGCAGGGGUUUGUAUCAACUGUUGGGUCUGGUCAGCCAUCUUCCAUGCUAGAGACUUGCCUCUCACUGAGCUCAUGGACUAUCUCUCAGCAUUUGGCAUGGUCUUCUACUCUUUCUAUGGGAUGAUCAUGAGAUUGCUGAUUGGAGUACGUGGUGCUAUAUCUGUACUGUUUACUUUGGUCUCUAUAUCAUUUUUCAUCAACCACGCAGGAUACCUGAUAUUAGGCCAGUUUGAUUAUGACUACAACAUGACUGCUAAUAUUGCUAUUGGUAUCUUGAGUGCGGGAGUAUCAGCUGUAUGGAGCUUGGCAUCCUGGAGGCAGCUCAAUCACUCAAAGUACUUGGCUACUGUGGUAGUCCUAGGUCUGCUCACCACACUGUUAGAAGUCUCUGACUUUCCACUAUUUCACUGGAUAUUUGAUGCUCAUGCCCUAUCUAUGUAUCUUGAGUGCGGGAGUAUCAGCUGUAUGGAGCUUGGCAUCCUGGAGGCAGCUCAAUCACUCAAAGUACUUGGCUACUGUGGUAUCUUGAGUGCGGGAGUAUCAGCUGUAUGGAGCUUGGCAUCCUGGAGGCAGCUCAAUCACUCCAAGUACUUGGCUACUGUUGUAGUCCUAGGUCUGCUCACCACACUGUUAGAAGUCUCUGACUUUCCACCAUAUCUCUGGAUAUUUGAUGCUCAUGCUCUCUGGCAUCUUUCGACUGUUCCAAUCCCAUAUUUCUUUUGGAAAUUUGUGAUAGAGGACUGCAAGCAUUUGAGGAAAACACUGAAGGAGAGAUGACAAAACUUGAACUGCAUUCUCAAGAAGUGGGUACGUCGAAGUAGUCUGCCGAGCAACUAUCUGAAACUGCUGCGGUGUCAAGAGAACCCCUCCUAGUAGAGUAGACAUCCGGUAGUAUCAAUAGUUAUAGAAUGUUGUGUAUGUUCUGUAAGUGUCAUGUGGUAAGUAUUUAAAUCAAAUAAUAUGGAAAUCUAUGUUCCUACAGGUCGAUAGUCUCCGGCUAUGGUACAAAACUUGUUGGUUUUGUAUACUGUAACUGGUAUGUGUUGUAUUUAACAUUUAAGUUAUUUACUCUGACUGCCAUUAGCUGCUUAUUAUGCUUAUAAUACAUCACACCUAUUUGAUGUUUAACAGGAAAUAUUUUACAUAAUCUCUAUAAUUGUCUUGUAAUAGGCUAUUUAAUUUUUACAUCAACGUUUUAGCGAAUAUUGGUAAGUAGCUAUUACUGUAGGUGGUGCGGUAAGACAUGUAGCCGGGACCGGUAUACUUUUUCAUUUUGACGUCCCUAGAGGCCAAAAACACAAUCCGCGUUCAAAUUGUUAUAUAUAUAUAUGAAAUAAUUAAAUAAUGAUUUUAUUCCAUCAUAAUUACAUAGAAAAUACAAAUAAAUGGGGGUUUUAUGGGGUAAAAAUUGGUUUUUCUAAUUUUUGGCCCUCAAAACACAAUACUUCCUAAUUUCUAUCUAGACCAUUUUAAAGGGCUUAAAAAAACAAAUAAAUUAGUAUCUUGAAAUGUUUUUGUACGGUUAUUGGUUACGGAGAAAAUUUAAAAAAUUGCAAAUUUAAAAUUGCUAUGUUAAUCUUACGGAGAAUAUUGUAAAAUGUUGUAGUUGCUUGUUUAUGGAAAUAUUUUGAUCAAUCUUGAUAUAUUUUAAAUAUUUUGAUAUACUAAGCUACUAAUAUUUUACUAAAAAAACACAUUUUAUUACCGUCCCUGUAGCAACAAACCUAGGUAGCCUACACGUUAAACCUAAUGUUAUUUAAAUAGAUUUAACUUCAAAUCAAUUCAGGCAAAUGGAAAUUUGUUUAGUCUGCAGGUUUGCGUCGGCGGUGGUAUAUUUUCCACUUGCCAUAACGGAAAGUAAAUAAAAGAAUUGUCUUAUAACACUUAAAACAGUUAAACAUAUAGUUACGCU